AACAAAUGAGUGCAUUAUAUGAAUCUCAAUUUAACCCGAUGAGAUAACGUUGUUUUGUUUAUCUGAACCAUUUCAGACAAACCUUUUCAUCUGUCCAGUUGAUACCGAUCUAUUCGGUUAUCGUAUUGAUUUCAACAUUUUUCGACUGCUAUAACAUUUGUGAAGACUCUAGACCAAAUUCGUAUAAUGUAAUAGUUUCUGAGGAUGAUACACAUAAAUAUACUAAAUUUUCCACCUAUAUGCAGAAAAUCCGCGUCGAUCAGCCUCCUCCAUAUCUUCCAGAGAGGUUUAAGCAUUUAGACACUGAUCAAGAAAUCGAUCCAAGAUUCCGGUUUAAAUUUAACAAUAAUAGCGUCAAGAAAUUUCGUGUAAAAUUUACAGGUGCAAUAGACUUGUUGGGACCACAUUACUUAGGAACAAUUAGAACAUUUCUAAACGGCCGGUAUUGGUCUGAAUCUGAGAUUUUGAAUGAGGAGGAAUUGUUAGCCGUCAGAACGUCUUAUUAUCGAGGAGUUCAUGACGAAAAUCAGCCAUUCAAAGUAAUCACUGUGAUACAUUCGAAUGGGAAGAUAUCUAUCUUUUAUGAUGAAAUUCCUCAGGAUUUGGGGAAAUAUAAAAUUGAAUCGAUCAUUGAAGGUGCAACUGUUUGCAAAAGAGGUGGUAAAAAAUACUAACGUUGCUUCUAUUUGUACCCUAUUAUGAGUAUGUGAAAACAGGGAUUUGCUGUGGUCUAUCAGCGUGAGCAAAUAUUUCUUCCUCAGAGUCUACAUUAACCAGCUGUUUCGUGUCUAAAGUAACUGGAUCGAGAUGUCAUUGGAGUGUUGAUGAGAAUGGUGUGAAAUAAGAUCGGAAUGGAUUUCGAAAACGCACCGUCCAAACUUUAUUGUUAAUUGAAAAUUCAUUAUCUAUUAAGCGUUUACAUAUCCUGAUGCGAAAUUGUAUUAUAACAUGUGAUAAACAGUCACAGUGGAGAAUCCCUGAUACUUUUGAUCAAGCAUAUCGAACAGUGGACCACUGAUAUUAUCUGAAUUAUAAUCAAUGUGUCUGUAUCUCCACGUAAACAAACGUCAUCUUUGUUACAAUCGCAAAGCAAAUUUGAGUUUUUUUGAUGAAUUCUCAAUGGUGUUGU